AUGUAUUCUAGUGCUGUCCUCUGUCCUCAGUCAAUUUAUGUUAAGAUGAAAAUAAUUCGUACUAGAAAGCGGCACGAAUAUAAAAUAAUUCGUCGUACCAAAGAAAAAGAAUGUUAUCUAGAUUAUAUCAAAAGUGCUUGUCAUCGAUUUAAAAAAGAUAUUCAAUUAUGGUUAACAUUUAUUGAAUUUUUAAAGAAACAAUAUGAUUAUUCUACAGCAUCAAGUGUUUAUUUAUCUGCACUUCAAAUUCAUAGCAAUAAACAUUGGUUGUGGAUAUUAGCCGCUAAAUUUGAAUUUGAAGUUAUGGUUUCACCAUCAUCUGCUAGAGCGUUAUUUCAACGUGCAUUACGAUUAAUGCCGAAAUGUAAACAACUUUGGAUAGAAGUAGGUGAAUUAAAACGAUCUUAUUUAAAUAUUAGUCUAAUCAAUAUUAUUUGUUAUAGUAUUUCAAACUUGAAUUAUUAUAUGUU